AUGUGUCACCAAGAAGGAGGUUGGUCGUCCUCUCUGUCCAGGUCCCUUCGCCUGUGUCGGGACGGGCAGCCUUCCGCAGCGCAUCGGGAUGCCCCCUGCUUUGUGGACGACUUGGUGGCAGCUCUCCAUAACGCCACGGGGAAAGAUGGUGAACUUCUGGCCAGCAGCCCGGCUUCGUUUGGGAUCUGCAGUGAAUCCGACAGUUCAUCCCGAUUGGUCCUGUCAGAACUCAGCGUAGGAAUACAAGGGAACGACCGAAGAGGCGUGGAGGUUUUGGAACCGGCUGCAGUGCUUGUGUCAGACGAAGAUGAUCAGGAGAGCAUCAUGGUAACCUUUGACCUCCCGCAAUCCCAAUUAUUGAAGCUGAAACCGGUGCUGGUCUUAGCAUUUAAAAGCCCCCUUACAGAUGGAGAGCUGGACGUCAUUUUCUCUAUCUGCUUGCAUUUCAGGGAGGACGUUGUACAUCCUGCUAACAGGAAAAUCAUCUGAGGGAAAUGUGGAACAGAAGUGGAAUAUUUCUGUUCAGGCAAAAUCCCCCGGUCGGGUUCAUCAACGGCCUCCUCCCAGACAAUUUCCCUCUCCUUCCUGUGUGAGCUGCGACGCUUCCUUGAUGCCGGCCUGCCGCAUCAACACGCCGAGCCCCUUCUGCUGCGGCUCGACUCCCUGCAGUCCCUUCCUCCCCUGGCUCUUGGCCUUUCCACCAGCGAGACCCUGCUGGCGGAGAUCAUUAACUCCUCUGCCCCGACUAUCUUUUCCUUCAGCAGCUGGAGCUCCAGCUUCCCGGUCCGUCCUGGACAGCUGGCCCUCUCCCCUGCUCUGCUGGGGGAACUGGGGCAGAGGCUGGAAAUGAAUGAGCGGCAGAUGAGGGAGUUGAUAAGGCAGGGAAUGGUGCCUCAAAGAGCAUCAGAGAAGCUGGAGAGGCUGAAGCAGCUCAGUGCUUUUCAGAAGCAAGAUUUGUCAGCAGAAGGAGAGAGCCAGUACUGCGCUUUCCUCCUCCUGAAGGCCCUGCAGAUGGUGACCCGUGCGUACAGCAUACAGAGAAAGCUGAGGGCCGCCAGAGCAGGCCCUUCAACCAGGGGCCCCACCUGUGGGCUCGGGAGCCUCACUGUGUUCCUGACAGAUCUCGUGUCGGGACUCUUGGGUCCCCAGAGUACCGACCUCAACAACUGCCGCGGCUCGUGCGCGAUUCCGCUAAACAACAUCAACAACCACGCCGUCCUGCUCACCUACCACAUCGAGAGGGGCAACGUGAACGAGCGGGGGCCCUGCUGCGUGCCGCUGGCCUACGACCCCCUGGAGGUGAUAGUCUUGAAUGACGAGGGCAGCUUUCUCACGAGCAAGCCGGAUAUGGUGGCCAAGGAGUGCGGAUGUCGCUAAAAGUGUUUCGGAAUACCUGAGCUAUGUUGUUCAGAGGGAAAUAAGUGUUGUGUUUUUUUAUUUUUUAUUUUUGCUGCAUGCAGCAGUAAAUAGUGCAGUAAAUUCAUAUUAUUUACAUAGAUUUCUUUAGCUUUUACUUUCAAGUAAAUGUAGGAUGCACGUCAUAUAUAGUUUCUGUCUUAAAAAGCGCAAUCAAAAAUAAUUAAAUAGUAAUUAAAUGAUAAUGCAUUAAAAACACCAUCUUCAAAGCCA